AUGGCUGCUCUAGCCUUUACACCUAUUCUCAUGCUGCUGCUCUUGGUUGCCAGUCUUCCCACUUCCCUUUCUCAGGACCCUAUCACCCCAGGACCAACCGUAUCCGACUGUAGCCCACGUCUGGUGGCUCUCAUGCCAUGUGCACCAUUUGUGCAAGGCAAUGCUCCGAGACCAGCGCAGUCCUGCUGUGACAAUCUCAAUCAGCUCUAUGGACUGCAGCCUGGUUGUCUUUGUCUCCUCCUCAAUGACACCACUUUAAGUGCUUUUCCCAUAAACAGGACUCUUGCACAGCAGUUACCUGUUCUUUGCAAGCUCCAAGCUAACAGCUCUUCUUGCUCAGGGUUGCCUUCCCCUCCGGGUUCAUCUGGUUCUCAAGUUUCUCUAGGGACAAAUCAUAACUCUUCUGUCGCUGCUUCUUCUCCCAUGGGGAACCCAAAUGUUCCAGUGGCACCAAGACCAAGCAUCAUGGGGUUAGGGUUUGGCCGGAGCAAGGCUGGAAGAUUGAAGGCACAAGGCCUCUUAGCAAUGGUGGCUGCUGCUGUUAUUCUGUGUUCAAGACUCGCGCUUCCAUACUAUUGA